AUGGCGCCGCACCUCGAUACCAACGCGGCCAAUGCCAUUAAGGCAGUCGACCCAAUCAACCGGAGCCAAGACAAGGACGGCAUUUCGACGACCUCCGCCGUUGCCGAGAUCGAUACCAAGCCGGAGCCCCCACAGGAACCUGAAGCCGCCGGAUGGUUCCACUGGCACGAACCCGGCACAUCGCCGGAGGAGAAGAAGUUAAUCUUCAAGUUGGAUUGGUUUCUACUCUCAUUCUCGUGUCUCAUGUUUUUCAUCAAACAGCUUGACCAAAACAACAUCUCCAAUGCCUACGUUUCCGGCAUGUCGGAAGAGCUCAGCUUCGGUCCUGGCAACGAACUCUCCUGGAUGAACACGUACUUUAACAUUGGAACUAUCAUCGGCGGCUCUUUUGCCAACCUGAUCAUCACUAUCGUCCGACCGCGCUUCUGGCUGACCGGGUGCCUCUGCACUUGGUCUCUCUUCGUGCUUUUCCUGUUCAAGUGCCAGACCGCCACACAAUUCUAUGUCCUACGUUUCUUCAUUGGGCUGUUCGAGUCUGCCGCCUGGCCUGGCGUCAUGUACGUCCUCGGAUCAUGGUACCGCAAAAGCGAACUGUCCCGUCGCUCUGGCCUUUUCGUAAUGAGCGGUGUCUUGGGGCAGAUGUUUUCUGGCUAUCUUCAGUCUGCCUUAUAUUCGGGUAUGGGCGGAAAGGGUGGUCUGUCGGCGUGGCGAUGGCUUUUUGUCUUUGACUUCAUUCUCGCCAUUCCCGUUGUGAUCUAUGGCGUCAUUUGCUUCCCCGACACCCCUCACACAACAAAGGCUUUCUACCUUAGCGACUGGGAAAAGCAACGUGCCCGCGAGCGCAUUGAAGAAGAGGGCCGCAAACCUGUUGGCAAGAUGAAUUGGUCCGUCAUUACCCGCGUCUUCGGCUCGUGGCAAGUUUACGCAUUCACGGCAGCCUACUCCUUCUGGACUCUGACUUGCGGCUCCUACAUCAUUCAAUACUUCACUCUGUACCUCAAGUCAACAAAGAUGUACACUGUGCCAGAGAUCAACAACAUCCCCACCUGCGUCGGCGCCAUCAACUUCGUGUUCAUGGUCUCCACAGGAUACGUCUCUGACAAGAUUGGCCGACGUGGACCUGUCUGUUUCGCCGUCGGGUGUCUUCUUACGUUCGUCUACGCCGUCCUCGCGGCAUGGAGCGUGCCGCAUAUGCUACGCAUGGCCGUGUUCAUUCUCGCAGGGUGCUAUGGUUGCUACACGCCUUUGCUGGCUGGAUGGGCGAAUGAGGCAUGCGGUGGCGAUCAGCAGAAGCGCGCCUUUGUGCUUGGCUUCAUGGUUUCCGUCGGCCAGGCUGUUGUGAUUCCCUUCCAGCAGCUGCAGAUGCCGAGUGGACAAGCCCCUGCAUUUGCCAAGACCCAUGGGUGGAAGAGCGCGCUUGCGUUUGUAGUGGCAUUGACUGUCUGGACUGGUGUUGGUCUGCCGUUACUCCAGAGAUGGAGAGAGUCUCGGGUGAAGUUCAGUACCCAUGAAAGUGAUAGUGAUGAGGCUUGA